CAUUAACUUAAAGAAAGAAAGAUGGCGAGACACUUGGAAGAUGUAAUGAGCAUGGCUACAACGACGCAUUUCGAUGCUAGCUACCUGUUUCAUGUUGUGUUCUUGGCUCUGAUCGGCUGUUGUGCCCUCUCGGCUAUGUUAUUCUCCUGCGCCGAUGGAGUUUCCAACAACAAACCCAAUUCGGCAAACACUACCGGUGGCGGAGGUUGUGGGGGCGGCGGUUGCGGUGGUUGUGGUGGAGGUUGAGAAAUUUCAUUCGCCUUCGUCGGGAAAAAAACACAAAACAUUGGACCAUUUUACUUUCCUAUUAUCGUUAUGUAAAUAGAUCCCUUAUUUGUAGUACUGUGUAAGCAUAGAUUGUGUUUUUCUUGUAUAUACAAAGAAAUACUAUUUCUUUCCAAUUCCAUCUUCA